CCCGUAGUGAGAGGGUAAAGUGCCCGAUUCUCUCCACUGAUCGUCUGCGCUGUCUUAACUCUCUCUCCAUUUUUUUCAUUUAUUUUUCGCGCAAACGACUGGAAGGUCCCCCCGUCGGUGAAGAACUGGUUUCGCCUAUAAUUUCUUCCAACUAUUUCUCCCCAUAAUUGAUUGAUUGAUUGAUUAUUCUUAUUAUAAGUGGGUUCCGGCAUCCUACGAACUACUAUCAACUGGCUCUGGUCUACUCUCUCCCUCCCUUUCUCUCUUAACCCCCUCCCUCCUUCUUGUUCCCUGGGUCCUCGUUUGAUUCCCUAUGUCUUCUCUCUCUCGAGUUUGAUGGGCUGGUUUCACCGUCAGGAUGUUUCAUUGUAUCGAACCAUUGUUUCUAUUGUUAUGUAUUGAUGGUCAGAGACUAAGUCUCAUGGUCGGUUGAUCAACCCGAUCUCUUUCGCCUCACUUGAUAUUCCUAUUGCUUUUCGACGAUCCAAACCACUGGUUACUCGGCAGGUGAUUGUCGCCAACCAUGAGCUCCAUCACAUGCCAUCGCCAAUCGCAUGCCCACGGCGGCUAUCCUUACAGCCUGCCGCACGGGCAUCACCAUAAUAAUAGCAACAAUAGCCGCCCUCUCCACAUAGUCCAAACUACUACGCCAACUGCUCUGGGUCCAGGCACCGCGAAUAAUCCGUCUUGCCUGGCUGGAUCCCAGCUACCUCCAUCCCUUGAGAUUUCUUCACCUAACCUGAAUGUCCUGUCCGAUACGAAAGCCACCUUGGAACUCACUGAAAUCACCGUGGAUACAUGCACCUCCCCAGUCUCUCAUGAUACCGCCGACGAUAUGGGGCUGAGCAUGGAAGUACCCUCGACCACAAGUCCAAACGUCACCCCAGAACUAUCUCCCGUUUGCGACAAACCUCGCAUUCCAAAGCGGAAACGAACUUCAUCCCCACCGUCGCCCUCUUCGACAAGUCCCGGAGACCAUCGUCGUUCAUCCUCUCGAAGCACUCGCCACUCUGCACAGACGGCUCGCCAAAGCUCUUUACAUUCUCAUCGCCGCUCAGCUACCGUCACGGCCCCUCUCACGCCAUCAGUUCCUAGUAAAGAUCUGGAACCCAAGCGGGAAGAUCUUCUGGCCCUGCACCGAGAAUCCUGUCGUUUAUUUCAAGACAGUGAGCGAACUAUCCCAACUCAGUAUGAAAGAGCGUCACUUCCCCCAACUAUCCACGAUAGUCCGCCACACACGCUCCGCACAUCCUCAGAGACCGGUUCACCCCCGGUUUCCCCAGUCUUCCCGACCCGAUUUCCUACAGUCAGUGAGGACUUGACGCGUCAAGACAAUCAGAAGGGCCCCAUGCUCCACACUUCGCCCGUCACUAGCACCACCCAUGAUGAAAGUUAUAUCCCUCCCAUCCAGACCUCGGCCACUGUCAUUGACUGGACAUCCCCGUCCACGCGAAGGCGCGAAUACAAAAAGAUCGAUCGUGCCAGUAGCGGGGUAAGGGGUUUCUGGCGUCGGGUUGCCCCCAAGUGGUGCCAGUUCGGACACGAUCGCACGCCGUUCUUUGAAGAAAAAGACGGUAAAGGAAACUACGAGGGCAGUGUCCGACGGUUUCGAAUGGACCUCCCCGACGAGCCUAUCCCGAAACGUAAAACGAAUGCCAUCGGGGCGCUAAAGCUGAAACAAAAGUUGGUGGCGACUAAAAUGAGCAGUCGUCGAAAGAGCGAAUAGCCGAGUCAUGACGCCACGCUGGUUCUCUGCAUUUUCCAUUUAGACAUUGACAGCCACUGGCUGUGCAACAUUCUUUAGAAAAAGAAAAGCCUGGAGCUUUCCAAAGUUCCGAGUUGUGACGCUCUCACAGAGUGAGGUGUGUUGAACACGUGUCACAGAUUUCUCGUGAGACUUGAGACUGUCAUUGAUUAUUCCCUUGCAUGGGCGGGAGAUUUGAAAUUGUGAUACCCAACAAGCCAUAGACUGGACCGAAUUCA